UUUGUACACACUCACACUGCUGCCGCUGCUAUCUUUCAUUGUUGUGUUGUGCGUAUAACGCGUAUGACCAUCAUUGGGUGCUACCUCCUGCAUUAGUCUAACCUCCCUACCUCCUGCCGUACCUAUUUUACCUAUUUCAUACCGUAGGCACCUACCUAGUCUGAUGUCUAUUGGUUGCGACUAGAUUAAAAGAAGAGAUCAUCCUGGUCUUUAGCAACCUUGACCAGCCACACAGACUGCAUAAAAACUACAUCUGUCCGAAUCAACUUACCACAAGAAUUCAUACGAACCACAGAAAAAGAAGACAGUAUUGCAACAAGGUCUCGAAAAAGCUGCCCCGCCAUUCCAGAGCUCCCCAUUUUUACUUGCGGUCCUGCGAAUUUUUUUUUAUUUUAAAUUCCACUUGAGACCAUGUCAACCCAAGAAAGCUCAUAUGCGCCAAAAUCGCCCGAUCUUUCUUCCUUUUAUUCCGGUGCUUCUUCCGACAUUCCUCAGAGUACCGACGCCCCAGGUGGAUAUCCCUUUCAAGCCGUACCUGGGGUUGGAGUGGCCGGUGGCCUGGGAGCAGCGUCUUUAAGAUACAAUCACAAUCAGCCACAGCCCCACCAGUACAAUACAUAUCAAUCGCCCGCACCGCAUCAACAAACGCAACCUACUAGUGCUCCCGCAUAUAGUAACAAUCCCACCUUUAACACUUACCCUCCCUCAGGCGGUGGACAACAAGGACAAGGACAUCAGCAACAAGGAGCUGAACAAUAUUACUCUCCCCGCCAACAAACGCAGUUCAUCCAGACAACUCGACCAUAUAAUUACCAAAGCCCGACCGCUCCCGCACCGACAUCUGCUUCUUAUUAUCCACCGUACCUCGAGUCUUCAUCGUCAGCUGCUUACCACCAAUUACAAGCGCAGCCUUCCCAACCCUCAGCCUCUCCACAACCCGAGUUGCAUGAGCAACUCGCCUUAUCAGAUCCCCAAAGUAGCAUGCCGCCGCGAAAGAUCGCCCCGGCGGCAAAGCAGAACGAGAUGGACCCUUCACCCGUCAAGACAAAGUUCCCCACGGCGCGCAUCAAGCGCAUAAUGCAGGCUGAUGAAGAAGUGGGCAAGGUCGCCCAGCAAACGCCUAUCGCUGUGGGUAAAGCGUUAGAACUAUUCAUGGUACAGCUUGUCCGCAAGAGUGCCGAGGUAGCAAAGGAGAAGAAUUCGAAACGAAUCACUGCACCGAUGCUCAAGCAGGCGGUUGGCUCAGCUACUCAAUGGGAUUUCCUGCUGGAUAUCGUGGCGAAGGUGGGCGAGGAGAAGGAGGGCGGCAAGAGUUCCCGAAGCAAGCCUGAUAGCGACAGCGACGAGGAGCAACCAGAAGGACCGGAAGUCAAGAAGAAGGGCAGGGGCGGACGCAAAAAGAAGGCACCGGCAUAGUUAUCCUCUAUUCCGUCUUACUACAUUCUCUUUCUACGGAUUAUACGACGG